AUGCCGAACCAGUGCCGCUGUGACAGUGUUCAGGUUAAUAACGACAUAGGAGGAUUCCAGUUCGAGUUAUUGCUGGCACAUUUGGGGGACUUUCAAUCUGUAAUGGAAGAUCGUUACGAGAGCAGCUUGUCGCAGAUCACUAGCAUUUUGGAACGCUUGGAAUCACGUAUGGAUGCAUUGGAGUCUCGCAUGGAGAAGCGCUUCGAGAAUAGUACUUCACAGAUAAUGACUAGAAUAAACCAAACCGAAACGAAAAUCGAAACCAGUUCGUCUCAGUUUCUCGACAUGAUGCGCCAUCUGCAUACAAAAGUGGAUGUGCUUGAAUCUCGCAUGAAGGAACGUUACGAUAACAGUUCCCAGAUAGCGGAACGUUUGGAAGAAAAAGUUGAUAUCGGGAUUCUGAACCUUCUACAUCAAUCUCCAAUGCAUCGUUUAGACAAAUAUGUGCAAGAUUUGGGAAUAAGUACUUUGCAUAAUCCAUGGACCACAAUACAGCAACGGGUUAACGAAUCGAUUGGUUUUUAUCGCAACUGGAAAUCAUACAAGAAUGGUUUUGGUCACCAAGAAGGGGAGUUUUGGAUUGGACUGCAGCCACUAUACCAAAUGAUCCGAUCCGCGAAACACGAAUUGCUCAUUGUGCUCGAAGACUUCGAUGGAAAAAUUAAGCAUGCGCUUUACGAUGACUUUAAGAUCGGAAGUGAAGAUGAAAACUACGUACUCGAACAGCUGGGAGAAUAUUCGGGCACGGCGGGAAACUCGUUUAAAUUCCACGUAGACAUGCCAUUCUCUACUCAUUUGAAUGGAAAGUAUUACCAACAACCUGUCGUGCAGAAAAUGCUGGGAUUGACUUGGUAUCAUUGGCAUGGUGACUACUAUUCGCUGAAAUCAACAAAAAUGAUGACCCGUCGGGGGUCCGCGAACGCUGAUUAG